AUGAAUCAAAAGAUUAGCGCUAACCUGGCUGAGGUUGGACCUGAAAAGUGGUCUCGAACCCAUGUGCCAACAAUGACAUCGAACAUCGUGGAAUCAGUCAAUGUAGUCACGAAGACAUGCACAUGUAGGAUGCUACAAGUUGAUUUGUUACCAUGUCCACAUGCAUUGGUUGUAAUUACAAAUGCAAAAAGAGAUCCAUAUACUUUCUGUUAUUAUUAUUACACACGUGAUGCAUACUUGAACCCAUACAAAGACUCUAUAUAUCCUAUUGGAAAUCCAAGCGAAUGGACAUUGCCUAAAGAAGUACUACAUGAAAUUGUGUUAGCUCUUAAUCAGAAACGGAGUUGUAGAAGGCCAACUGAGAAGAGGAAGAGAUCAUCCAAAGAAGGAAAACCAUCAGUGAAAUGUGGGCACUGUGGAGGACAUGGUCACAACCGUAGGAGAUGUUCUAGUCUUGUUCCAUUGAGCUAA